GCAAAGGGUACUACUUCACCUCAAGCAAACUGCAUAAAUGAAGUUACAAGUCUAUAUUUAUUUAAAUACCAAAAUAAAAGGCGGACGGGAUACGUGUCCGUUACGAGGAUGAAUUAUUAUUAUUGAUAUAAUCGCAUUAUUACUGGCUGUUGUAGGAAUGAAUGGAAGUGACAGCAACACAGACGGAAUGGCUGGUUUGGAGGUUGAAGAUGAACUAUGACUUUAUGACGACAACAAAAUGUUCAGGGAGAUGGAGGACGAGAUAUGCCUCGGCUGUAAGGUGUCUUUCAGCGCAUCAUGCGCUGAAGCCCCUGGUUGCCAGUCUGGUCCUGCUGGUUGUGGUGAUAUAUGGUCUGGGCGACAAACUCAGAAACUUUGUGGCUUCCAUUUUUAUCCCUCAGUAUCGCUACCCGUAUCCUGUGGCCCUCAGCUUUGCCCAGGUUCUGGUGUCUCUCUUAUUCUUAAAUCUCCUGCAUGCCCUGGAUCUGGUGCAUCUAAGGAGUUAUUCAAGGUCCCUGGGUGAGAGGAUGCUGCCGUCUGCUAUCUGUAGCAGCAUUCAAGCAGUGCUGACCAUGUGGGCCAGAGCCAGCAGCUCAUCUUCCAACCUCUUCGUCCUCAUGGUGCUUCUGCUGCCCCUGGUGACUGUGGCCUUUAGUUUUGCCUUGAAGCUGGCAUCCUCACCAGCAAGCCACAUCACUGCUCUGACUUUCAUCAUCAGUGGGACCUCUGUGAUCAUCACAGCAUCUGAGGGUCUCUUAAGUAUUGUGCCUCUGGAGUAUAUAUAUGGACCUCUGGCUUUAAUCCUGCACAGCCUGUCUCUGACUUGGCUUGCUAAAGUGUCUGAGAUGGAGCGCAGCCACCCUCCAGAUUCCCAAGCCUCUGUUUUUGACAUCUACUAUACACAGCUGGUGAACCAGAGCUGGGUGUUGGGCCUCCUGUGGUGUCUGCACCCAGAGCGUCCCUGGCAUGUGUUGAGUCAGGCCAACUGGCGCAGCCUGCUCUUCCAUGGAUACCUGCUUGCUAUUCUCCUGCUGGGAAUGGUGCUGAGCUUCCUGGUCGGUGUAGUGGCUCUUUGUGUCUCACCCCUUGCUGCUGCACUGCUCCACUCAGUGAGGUACAUAGUUCAGCCAUUUUUUCAGCUUCUGUAAAGGACUAAAAGAUUUAGUAGGUCGUCUUGCACUCCACUGACCCUAACCAAAGUGUUAUACCUGUAGAUACUAGCUUUAUUCAUCCCUUAUCAGUCAAUAUCCACUCACAUUACAAAGUUAUAAAAGACAAAAUGCAGGCUAUGGUGGCACACUAACGAUAUACGGUUAGUAAUUAUGUGUCAUCACAAGUUUUUAUCUUAUUCUUUUAAUAUGUU